UUCAAUCCCUUAACCCUUCAACUCAAUUCAUCAAGCUCUUCAUCUUCAUUCUUCACUAUUGUAGCAGAAAUUCCAGCAAAGAAUCAACAAAAUGGAGUCAGUUCAGUCGUGGGUUUCGAAAAACAAGCUCAUCACUAUUGGGGGAUUAUGGGCCUCUGGAAUUGGAGCAUCACUUGUUGCUCAUUCUCGUACAAACUCUCCAAUGAAGCCAAGCCUUAGGCUUAUUCAUGCUAGGUUACACGCACAAGCAUUAACACUUGGAGUGCUGGCUGGUGCUGCGGCUUAUCACUACUAUGAGAAACGUGCUCGUCACCCAAAUACACACAUCAUUGAAGAAACUCCAGCUCUUCCUCCUCCAAGCAUGGCUCAGGUGGCUGAGUGGGAGCUCCUCACACCUUUCUGAAAAAAUAACUAGAAAAGAUAUUGAUUUUUCUUUUUUCUAGUAUUAUGAUCUAUCAAACAAAUGAACAAGAGGGGAAAAAGAAAAGCUAGUUCUUGCUAUCUAGCUAGGGGAAGACGUUCUGUUCUGAGCUAUAGUGUAUAUUGAUUAAAUUAAAUGUUGAUCGUCUUGCAAUUGAAUUGUAUUAGCCCAUUUUAUAUAAAAGGGAAAUGGAAAUCAAAUUGAAUAUUGCACUUUC